CUAUGUCUACGCGGUCACCGCCCUGACCCCUGACCCCGGCCCGGGUGGCCACGUCCAGGCUCUCACUCCAUGAGGUAUUUCGACGCCGUCAUGGCCUCGCCCGAGCUCCCGGAGCCGCGGUUCAUCGAGGUGGGCUACGUGGACGAUCAGCAGUUCGUGCGCUUCGACAGCGCCCGCGCGAGUCCGAGGAUGGAGCCGCGGGCGGCGUGGGUGGAACGGAUGGACCGGGAGGAGCCGGGCUGCUGGGAGCGGAACACGCGGCGCAAUAAGGCGAACGCAAAGGGUUCCCGAGCGGGCUUGCGGAUCCUCCGCGGCUACUUCAACCAGAGCGAGGGCGGGGUCCACACCCUCCAGCGUCUGUUCGGCUGCGAGGUCUCCCCGGAGCUCACCUUCAAGCGCGGGUUUUUCCAAUUCGCCUACGACGGGCAGGACUACCUGGCGCUGGACACGGAGACCUCCACGUGGACGGCGGCGGUGCCGCAGGCUCUGAACACCAAGCGCAAUUGGGAGGCGGACAGGAGCAUCGCGGAGAGAGAUAAAGCCUAUCUGGAGCAGGAGUGCGUGAUGUGGGUGAGGAAGUACCUGGAGAUGGGGAAGGAGACGCUGCAGAGGGCAGACCCGCCCUACACUCGAGUGACCCGACACACUGCCUCCAAUGGGGAGGUGACCCUGCGGUGCAGGGCCCAGGACUUCUACCCUGCGGACAUCUCCCUGACCUGGCUUCGGGAUGGGGAGGAACAGCUCCAGGACAUGGAAUUCAUUGAGACCAGGCCAGCGGGAGAUGGGACCUUCCAGAAGUGGGCAAGUGUGGCCGUGACCUCGGGACAAGAAGAGAAAUUUACUUGUCGAGUGCAGCACGAGGGACUGCCUGAGCCCCUCACCCUGAAGUGGGAGCCAGAGUCCUCAUCCACCCUGGUCAUCGUGGGGAUCACUGCUGUCCUCAUGGUCAUCAUUGCAGUCAUUGCUGGAGUUGUGAUCUGGCGGAAGAAGAAUUCAGGUAGAAAAGGGGGGCACUAUGUUCCUGCUUCAGGCAGUGACAGUGCACAGGGAUCAGAUGCCUCUCUCCCGGCCAAAGCUUGAGGAAUUGCCUGGUGUGGGCCUGAGGAAGAAAACCAAUCUCCAGUGCCUGUGUUGUUCCUGUGGACCCCUGGCUUCUCUCCCCAGCAAUGACCCCUGGGAUCCUCCCUGGACUCUACUGGCCAAGCCCAGGGAAGCAUCAUUAGGGCCUUCACCCUGUUCUCUAAGGCCUCCCUCCCUCGCCUGCCUUCUGCCUGUCUCACGCUUCAGAGACAACCAGCAGUGAGGGCCAGAGGGCUUUGGGAGCGAACCCGCCUUCACACAUGAUGUUGCACUGACCUCUGGGAGCUUUGUCU